AUGUCUGCUGCCAGCCAUAUACCCCUGCUAAACCCCAAUGCUACUCCCUUCCAGCCUCGAAGGUCCCGGGGCUCCCAAAGAACAACCAACUGCAACAACCUCAAACUGUUCGUCACGAGCCUCAACAUCGGGUUUUUGAAUAUCUGCAGCCUGCGCUACAAGCUGCAUGCACUGGACAGCCUUGCCCACCAGCACCACUGGGACGUCGUUGGCGUUGCCGAGACCUGGCUGGAUAGUACAAUCUCGGAUGGCGAAAUUUGUAUUCCCGGCUACAGUGUUGUUCGCUGUGACCGGCCCGAUCGCCAGGGUGGGGGCACAUGCCUCUAUUACAAGACAUCACUCCCAGUUACCUAUCGUUCUGAUCUGCACAAUAGCCACCUGGAGGCUACCUGGAUAGCUAUUGGCGGAGGGCAACACCAGCACCUCGUUGGAUGCCUCUAUCGCCCACCAAAUGCAACUGCUGAUUUCUGGGGCCACCUGGACACAGUCCUCCACAAUGCUGCCACGAUCACGCCAUCAAUGACACUGGUGGGUGACUUUAAUAUCAAUCUGGCUCAAUGCAUGACCAGUCGUCCUCACCAGCGCUUCUGGGACCUUAUCGGAUCGUAUGGGCUCCGCAACUAUGUUCAGUCUGCCACACGAGUCACACCCCGAUGUCCGGAUGGAACGCUGCUUGAUCUAGUGCUCUCCACCGUGGGUACUAUAAGUCAUUGUGAAGUUGUACCCUGCACGAUCAGCGAUCACUUCCUUGUGCAUGCAAGUCUGUCUCUACCCUCCUCGCAACACCCACUGCAGCGGAAAUCAGUGCGCCUCACCCGCAAGAUCCGUGCCAUUAACCUUGCAACAUUUCGUGAAGAUAUUGCCUCGUGCAGCCUCCACUCCUUUCCCCCUGCUGCAACUGUAGACGAGAUGUGGAAUGGCUGGCAUGCCAAGUUUAUGUCGGUUCUCGAAAGUCACGCUCCCCUGCGUGAAGUCAGAAUCUCCACCAGGAGGACUCCCCCGCCAUGGUCCGACCGUGAUCUAUUCCAACUGAACAUGCCCAAGAAUAGACUUCACCGAAAGUGGCUACGAGAUAAGACUAACGUGCAUCUACAUGAGGAGUACAAGCGAGCCCGUGCAGAAGCCUCAAAUGCUUACCGGCGAAAACGCAAUCAGCAUUUCCAACAGCAGUGUCGUGAUCACUCCUCCAACCUGCGGAAGAUGUGGUCCGUGAUCAACUCUGUCACUAGCCGUUCUCGUCAACAUCAUCAGCCAACGUGCGACAUCACAGAAGUCUCGGAUGCCUUCCACAGCAUUGUACAUGAUCCGUCCCGUCCGGCGCAGCUCCAGAUUCCCAUUGGUCCACAGCCGCAAGGCUCAAUGCUGACCUUCCAGUCAACUACCCCAGAUGAGGUCAAGCACCUCCUGGAACGGAUAAAUCCCUGCAAAGCCACAGGCAGUGAUGGGAUUCCUGGGUGUCUGCUACGUGCUUGCGCUGACCUGUUGGCUCCAUCGCUUUCAGUGCUCUUCAGCUCAUCGCUGAGGCAUGGUGAAGUCCCUCUGGCUUUCAAACAUGCUGUAAUAAGCCCUCUCUUCAAAGCUGGCGAUCCAUCGGUAGCUGCGAAUUAUCGUCCUGUGUCGCUCCUGCCGAUCGUAUCCAAACUACUCGAGAAGAUAGUCCAGAAGCAACUUGUUGCACAUCUGGAGCGAUCAUGUGCCAUACCACCGACUCAGUUUGCCUUCCGCCCUCGGGAGCGAUUGACUGCCGUCGACAGACAUCUGGUACGCUUCAUGCAGAAGACUGGUGUCCUGCUGAACCUUCACGGUGUGCUGGAACCGUUGCAGUACAUGAAGAAGGAGAGUGGCUACAAGAGCCUGAACUAUGCCAUAGCUCUGACAUGCAUCUGUGCUGAGCACGACGAGAUUUGCCAGAAGCUUCAGCCAUAUCUUCCAAAGAGCCAUGUGGCGUGGGCACGAUCCAGCAAGCUAAUGAGUUGCAAACCGCAGCAAUUUUCGAAAGCCUGGCUCCGCCAACUUCUAAUCCGUACAAAACCUCUUACCCCUUUUCAGCUGAAGAAGUUUAAGCAGAAUAUCCGAGAGUUUAAUUCUGAGGAGAAGGAACUGAUGCAAAGACUAAUCCAAUCUUACGGGUGCUGUGAACCUCGUGUGGAAUUAAUUCCUGCGGAGAUGAAAUGUGCGCUGUACCGUUUCUCAAGUGCCAUGUGUAGGGCGAGGAAGAUGAUGAUGAAGGGUACCGUUGCCGCUGUAUAA